CAGAAAACACACGUUCAACUUCACAAGCCCACAAACAAACAAGCAAACAUGGUGUCUAUGUGCCGAGAGAUCCUGGGCAUGUGCCUGGCCAUCAUUGGCUUCUUGGGAGCCAUUAUUAUUUGUGCUUUGCCCAUGUGGAAGGUGACCGCGUUCAUCGGAGCCAACAUCGUGACGGCGCAGACCAUCUGGGAGGGUUUGUGGAUGAACUGUGUGAUGCAGAGCACGGGACAGAUGCAGUGUAAGAUCUACGACUCGCUCCUGGCCUUGCCUCAGGACCUGCAGGCCGCUCGAGCUCUCGUGGUCAUCGCCAUCAUCGUCAGCUUUUUCGCGCUCAUCCUGGGCAUCGCCGGCGGGAAAUGCACCAACUUCGUGGAAAGGGAAGACGCCAAGGCUAAAGUGUCCAUCGCCAGCGGCGUGAUCUUCAUCAUUGCUGGAGUUCUGGUGCUGGUGCCUGUUUGCUGGUCCGCCAACACCAUCAUCAGAGAUUUCUACAAUCCUCUGCUCACUGAUGCUCAGCGGAGGGAGAUGGGGGCUUCGCUGUACAUCGGAUGGGGCGUCGCAGCGCUGCUGAUCAUCGGAGGUGGAAUCCUGUGCAGCUCCUGCCCUCCAAAAGAUGAAAAAUACAACAUGAAAUACUCCCAGCCGCGCUCCACCGCCACCAGCAGAGCCUACGUCUGAGAGCUACGCGGAGAUCGCAAAGACUUUUGGAGACUCUCUCUCACUCUUUCGUUCUAAGACUUGCCAAGAAGAUCAAUUGAAAGACUGUGUCUGAUAUUGCAUAUAUAGUGGUUAUAUAGUGAGGAUGUAUAUAUGUGCUGUGAUUAUACACACUUUUGAGCUGAAUGAACACAACUCCUGAGAUUUCUGUUGGCACAACUUAACUGUUUCAUGUCAAAUUCACUUAACGGCUAAUAACUUAAUCGAUUUGUGUUGUGCCGACGUGAAUGAACUGCGUGGAAGCCUGCAUUUGUUUUACAGCGUGCACUCAAGAAAAUGAUGUUUGCAGAUGUUUUGGAAAAUAAUGCUUGCCGUUUGUUCAAACUACUCAUUUGAAAUGAGCUGAAACAACACAAUUCUUGAGUUUCUUUGGGACAACCUAAUUGUUUUAUGCUCAAUUCAAUUAAAAUUGUUAAAAAAUAAUAAGCUUACUUAAUUUAUUGAUGUUCCACCAUGAAAAAUUGACUAAAUAAAUUUGAUUGUUGGUGGUUCAUUCCACUGUGGCGACCCUGGAUUGAUAAAAUUAUUUUAAAAAAUAAUUAGCUAACGUAAUUCAUUGAUGUUCCACCAACAAAAUUUUGGCUAAAUAAACUUAUUUGUUGGCGGUUCAUUCCACUGUGGUGACCCUGGAUUAAUAAAGUUAUAAAAAAUUUAAAAAAUAGCUAACUUAAUUCCUUGGUGUUCCACCAUCAAAAAUUGACUAAAUAAACUUAAUACUCGGUGGUUGAUUCCAUUGUGGCGAAUAAAAUUAUAAAAAACAUAUUAAGCUAUUUUAAUUCCUUGAUGUUUUCCCAACAUAAUUUGAUUAAGUUAACUUAGUUGAGUGAAUUCAACAUAAAACAAUUAAGUUUUCCCUCCAAAAAACUCAAGCUAAUUUUAAAUAAGUAGUUUGAAGAAGGCAUUUAUUGAGUGCAGAUCCCUGAAAGAGAAAAAUGUGCAUUUAUAAUGUGAUUUUAUUCAAUAUUUUUUGUUGAUUUUUAGUUUUUUUUUAACAAUGCAUUCUUAUAUUAUACGUUUAAUAUGACGAGAGGAAUAGUUUCUUUAAAUGUAAGACGUAAGCUUUAAUACUGUAAAGAUUAAAUGUGCAUUAACUUAGCUUUUGUGUUUGUUUGUCAGUGUAUAAAUUAACUUUUUUUUUUUGCAUAAAGAUGUCUUAAUCAGUAAAAUUGUCCUGAUAUUUGUUUUUGUUUAUUAUAAUAAAUGGUUCUGUAAAACUGUAAA